AUGCCUAGCGAACAGGAGCUAGAGAAUGUGACCGAAUACAACACGGCACUAAAUCGACGAAUUCCGCAACUGCCAAUAUCAGUCGAGGAGGCUCGACGAAAAAAGCGACCUCGUGGGAAUGUGGCAUUUAUUGAGCAGGAAGAGAUCAUUAAU